CAGUAACCGAUUGAACGCCAUCAUAACCAGACGCAUUUACUGAGCGCGAUUAUCAGGCUCCUGUCGCUAUGUCGCGCGUUUUUCAACCUUCGGCUCACGUAGUCGAGAAGUCGAGAUUGCCAUCGUUAGAUAAAUACAAAGAGAUGUACAAAAAGGCACUCGACAACCCGGAGGAGUUUUGGUCGGAAAUAGCCAAGGAAUUCUAUUGGCAGACGCCGUAUCAGCCAGGAAAAUUCGUCUCCUAUAAUUUUGAUAUAACCAAGGGUGACAUUUUUGUGAAAUGGAUGGAAGGCGCCGUUACAAAUAUUUGCGUGAACCUCCUCGACAGGAAUAUAGAAAAGGGGCACGGAGACAAGAUCGCAUAUUAUUGGGAAGGAAAUCACCCGGAUGACUACAGCCGCAUAACAUAUAGGAAGCUAAAGGAUCUAGUAUGUCAGUUUGCAAAUGGCUUGCGAUCUCGUGGUGUGGGGAAGGGAGACCGAGUUUCCAUCUAUAUGCCGAUGAUAUUGGAGACGGUGGUCUGUAUGCUGGCCUGUGCUAGGAUUGGAGCCAUCCACUCCGUUGUAUUUGCAGGAUUUUCCUCGGAUUCUUUAGCUGAACGGAUGUCGGACUGCAAGGCUAAAGUGCUAGUGACGUCAGACGGGGCAUGGAGGGGUGAAAAGCUGCUGAUAUUGAAGAAAACCUGCGACGAGGCGCUAGAAAAGGCAAAAACAAAACACGACCAUACAGUGGAAACGUGUAUCGUUGUGUCGCACCUCGCGAAAGCGUCCCCUUGCGGCAAGUUAGGAGAUAUCCAAUCUUUGUACGACUGGAACGAUGAUAUUGACGUGUGGUGGCAUGAACUUAUUGAGAAUCAAUCUAAUGAUUGUGAACCCGAGUGGAUGGACGCAGAAGAUCCUCUUUUCAUGUUAUAUACAAGUGGCUCAACGGGCAAGCCAAAAGGAGUACUGCAUACAACAGCAGGCUACUUGCUUUACGCGGCUACAACAUUCAGAUACGUCUUCGAUUACCAGGAGAAGGACGUCUACUGGUGUACAGCUGAUGUGGGCUGGAUCACAGGACACACCUAUGUUGUUUAUGCGCCUUUGGCCAAUUGUGCAACGUCGGUAAUGUUUGAAGGAUCACCAUUUUACCCGGACAACGAUCGCUACUGGGCCGUGGUACAAAAGUACAAGGUUACCCAAAUGUACACCGCACCAACAGCCAUCAGAUCCCUGAUGAAAUUCGGAGUGGAAAAUGUCACCAAACACGACCUGAAAUCUCUACGAGUAUUGGGCAGUGUGGGUGAACCGAUAAAUCCCGAGGCAUGGCACUGGUAUUACAACUAUGUGGGCAGCGAACGCUGCUCAAUCGUUGAUACCUUCUGGCAGACUGAAACCGGCGGUCACGUGCUGACAAGUCUACCUGGAGCGACACCUAUGAAGCCUGGAGCUGCUGGAUUUCCAUUCUUCGGUGUUGCUCCCACAAUUCUGGAUGAUAACGGAAAAGUUAUAGAAGGACCUGGCGAAGGGUACUUGGUAUUUUCCCGACCUUGGCCCAGCAUUAUGAGAACUCUUUUCGGAAACCAUGAGCGCUAUCAGAGUGUGUACUUUUCCAAAUUCCCGGGAUAUUACUGUACUGGAGAUGGCGCACGCCGUGACGAAGACGGUUUUCUGUGGGUAACAGGACGUAUAGAUGACAUGCUCAACGUGUCUGGACAUCUUAUGUCCACAGCAGAAGUGGAGAGUGUCCUUACCGAAGAUUCCCGUGUCUCAGAAGCAGCCGUCGUCUCCCGCCCACACCCUCAAAAGGGCGAAGCACUACAUUGCUUCGUAAUUCUCAACGCCGGAGUCCAACCUGACCCAUCUAUUACAGACGCCCUUAAAAAGCACGUACGUGCUAGAAUUGGUGCUUUUGCAGCACCAGAUGCGAUACAGUUUGCCCCUGGUCUCCCAAAAACAAGGUCCGGGAAGAUCAUGAGACGCAUAUUGAGGAAGAUUGCGGUGGGUGAUACAGAUAUUGGGGACACGUCGACUCUCGCCGACCCAUCCAUUGUAGAUCAACUCUUUAAGAGUAAACCCUAAACACUUUUUCCUCAAAAUGCCGAUUACAGCCAUCCGCUGCUACUUUGACGUGAAAGAUCUUAAUAUAAAAAGCCGCCUCAAUCUUUGUUGCUGUCAAUUGCAGAAAUGCAAUUACACAUUCACAACAGGUAAUCAUUAUAUUAAGGCUUAGGGCUGUUUACCUAAUUUAGCGUCAUCCAUACAGGCCAUAGUACCUUUGGAAUGAGAAUAGAAAGAGAAAGUUACACUAAAAAUUUACCUGCUUUUGUGCAAGUGGAAGCCACAAGAAAGAAAUUAAUGGUACCUGGCUGUAAGAGGUUGACUAGCCAUUUCAACGGUAUGAUUUCUGUUAUAUGAAAUUUAAAACACGGACGGUUAAAGAGCUACCUAAGCUCUGGUUUUAACAGACGAAAUGUAUUUCUUCGCAUUUUUAUUAGCUUUUUCAACUCAGGCCUGAAUCUUUUACGAGUUCUAUAGCUUAAUUUCUAACCGUCCCAUUGAGAACGAACAUAGCAUUUGCGAACGUAAACUUACCAUGUCUUACGUCGCCUAUAUUAUUUAUUUUAAUAUUAAUAUAAAUGUUAUAGAAUCUGGCUAAGAUUCUACUUUUAAUAUAUAUUACUUGGAAACACAUUCCAUAAUUCAAAUCUGGAAUUCUUUCGUUUUAAGGGUUUUAAUAAAAUACGUGCUACCAAAAACUAGUACUGUUAAAAAAUAGUUUUAAGUAAAAUAAUGUGGAAAUAAUUUAUUAAUUUGUUAGUCGUUUUGUGAUAUUCAAUGGCUCUUAAGGCACAAGUAAAUGUUUAUUUUAAUUAAUGUUUUUCUUACUCAUCGUGUAAAUCUACAAAUUAUAAAUGAAAAUGUCGACUACAUUAAACUUUUAUAUAUGUAUGUUAAGCUUAGCCCAUCAGCAGAGAGAUCUAGGUGUACUUACCGAUUUCCUUGACGUAACAAAAGCCGGGAUUUUACGUUAAAAUUCACACUCUCCAACCACAUUUUAUGGAUGACAAUCCUACAAACAUUUUUGAACUUUAUUAGCACUUGAGUUAAACAUUUGUCGAAACUGUGGCAAUUUAUUUCUAUGCCUUGGAUACUAUGUAUCGCAAUCAGUCUGUUAAUAUAUGUUCACGAUCAAAGAAAAACUAUAGAAAACUUUAGUAUUAAUGUGUUGUGAUAGCACUUCUAUGACAUGUCGAUGCACAAUAUAGAUGUCUAUAUAAAAAUAACUUAGAUUGUCCUAUAUAAUUAGACGGUAUAUAACUCUGUUUGGAACUAAAUAUUUGAAUAUAUUAAUAUCUCGAUGCUAAUUUAUCUUUGUUUUUAACGAAAUUUUAAUUAAUUGGAUGCAUCGAAGAGUUUAGAAGUGACAGGUCAUUUACUAUAACGGAUAUAUGAUAGAGAUGUAAUUUUUUUUUCACGCACAUUAUUAUUUAUAAAACCACAAAGCUAGCGACGUGGAGUAACUGAAUUAAAUGCUUUUAAUGAAUAUGUUGUAUUAUUAAGGGCAACAUUAGAGCACGAUUACCUACAUACAUUCCUUAUUAAAUCAUAAUUUACUAUUAUACACACUGCGAUGAUCAAUAAGCAAUGAGAAAACAACUUUGAAAUUUCAGUUACAAUUCUAUACUGAAUUUUGUUAUUUGAAUGAAUUUGAUUUUGUCUCAUAUUUCCAAAUUGUUUCAGAUUUUAUAUUUUUGAUACUUUUUAAUAGUUGCACAAAUUAUACAAUUAAAAUAAAAUCCUGGUGGUAUUACGUUAAUUAUAUUUAUUAUAGCUUAAAAUUGUUAAAUUUCUGAAUGAUGGUUUGAGUUAGAAGUUCUAUUACGAAUAAUAGUCGUUAAUGUUAUCAGGUAGAAUGUAAGUGUUAGUAGCCGCUUAAUCAACAAUUAAAAGUAAACUCACUUUAGAAGGCAGCACGGUUGACUAUAGCGUAAAUAUUCUAUUUAGAAAAAAAUCGUUCAUACUCUAUAAAAAUGUGUGCAGUUAUUAAUUGUAUGUGUGCAAAUUUCAAUAUAUGUUACAUUGAGAAAGAAAUUUUGAAACUAGAAUAUGUAACUAAAUUUAACCGAAUUUUAAAAUUAGAGGCUUUUAAAACUUUUGCUAAAGAGUGGUGCUAUCUAUGAGAAGCAUUUUAUCCCAUUCUCUUCGAUACAUUAAGAAUGAAAAAUUAUGAAAUAGGUAUGUUUAACCGCACUAUUGUCUAUGUAUAUAGGCUGAAUUUUCAAAACAUGGUUCUGCUCCCAACUUGAAGAAAUUCCGAUUGAAAAAUCAGCCAAAUUAGUAAUCUAAUGUGCUCGUGUAACGGACAUAUCAUUAAAGGUGAU